AUGUCUUCUGAGGCUAUCACCACUCUCGACCUCUCGACUUCUGGCAUGAAGCAUAUCGCUUCCGGCAAAGUUCGCGAGAUUUAUGAGGUCGACCAAAGCACGCUCCUCUUCGUCGCCACCGACCGCAUCUCCGCCUACGAUGUCAUUCUCAACAAUGGUAUUCCAGGCAAAGGUGCUCUCCUCACACAGCUUUCUGCCCACUGGUUCGACCUCAUCCGAUCGCGAAUACCGAAUCUCAAGAUCCACCUCAUCUCAACCUCCCUCCCGAGUACAGUGCCGGACGAUCUGAAGGACAAACUGGCAGACCAGACCAUGCAGGUUCGACGCUAUCCUAUCCUGCCCAUCGAGUCUAUCGUCCGCGGCUACAUCACCGGCUCCGCGUGGUCAGAGUACAAGAAGUCUGGUACAGUCAACGGCAUGACCAUGCCCAGUGGCCUAAAAGAGAGUCAGAAGCUGGAGACUGCGAUCUGGACUCCGUCGACUAAGGCCGAAGCUGGGCAGCACGAUGAGAAUAUCAGCAAGGAGAGGGCUGGUGAGAUCAUUGGUGCAGACGUGGCGAGGAAGGUCGAGGAGGUGUCACUUCAGCUAUACGAGAUGGCACGAGACUACGCUGCUGAACGCGGCAUCCUUAUUGCUGACACAAAGUUCGAGUUCGGCUUCGAUCCAGACACAAAGGGACUGGUGCUCGUGGAUGAGGUUCUGACCCCUGAUAGCUCCCGCUUCUGGCCAGCGGAUCAGUACCAGGUCGGCAAGUCACAGUCAAGUUAUGACAAGCAAUUCUUACGUGACUGGCUCACCUCUACUGGCAACAAGGGGAAGGAAGGUGUAUCAAUGCCGGAGAACAUCGUCCAGGCGACAUCGAGCAAAUAUGCGGAGGCUUACGAGAAGCUCACUGGGAAGAAAUGGACUUGA